CAGCAAAUCAAAACAAACCAAAUCCACCAAGAUGUUCAAGUUCCUCGCCGUCGCCCUCUUCGCUCUGAUUGCCUGCGUGGCUGCCAAGCCUGGAAUCGUCGCUCCUCUGGCCUACUCUGCUCCUUUGGUGGCUGCUGCUCCGGCGUCUGCUGUUUACAGCCGGGAAUACCACGGCAACUUCGCGGCUCCCUACGUGGCAUCUCCCUAUGUGGCAUCUCCCUAUGUGGCUUCUCCCUAUGUGGCUUCUCCCUAUGUGGCGUCUCCAUAUGUGGCAUCUCCCUAUGUUGCUGCUCCCUACACCGCUCCCCUUCUGCUGAAGAAGUAGGAUGCUUGAUCAAAACUACCGGACUCCUAGGAACUUCACAAACUGAAAAAGAAAAAAUAAUAAAAGAACUAUAAAAACCGAA